CUUCUUAUGAAACCUAUCGAGUAUCCGAAGAUCAUACUUCAGGAUGUCCCCGAAACAAUUUGUUCUCGCGCUCCUGCUCUUGAUUUCUCUGACAUCGGCGCAGGCGACGACGUACAAAAUCAUCGACCAUUCCGCUAGAGUCCCCAGAGGAAACCUAUAUGCCGAUGAGUUGAGCAGCCUCUACAAAGCCCGUGUUCUAUUCAGCGCGACUGAAGAAGUUUUGAACAUCUUCAAUCAAAGGGAAGGCGAGGGCAAGAAGUACGAUACGGUAACUCUCCGCAUCGAGAGCUUUGCUCAGUCUCCACACGCUGUCGCCAGUACUAUAGACAACGUCAUUCGGUUGAACACACGUUAUCUCCAACGCUAUCGAGGAGACAUAAAAGAAGAGUUCGCCGGAGUGGUGUACCACGAGAUGACUCACGUUUGGCAAUGGACCGGCAACGGUAUGGCCCCUAGAGGACUUAUCAACGGCAUCGCUGAUUACGUGAGAUUGAAAGGCGGGUACGCAUCCAAAGGAUGGCCGAGGAAGGGGUCAGGAUCAAGAUGGGACGAUGGUUAUGCAGUCACGGCUUAUUUCCUCGACUACUGCAAUGGCCUUAAGCACGGGUUUGUUGCUGAUCUUAACGCUCUCAUGAAAGAUUCCUACUCCGAGGCGUUCUUCAUCCAGUUGCUUGGAAAGUCUGUGCACGAGCUGUGGCGCGACUAUAAACUUGCUUACGGUACCAGAAGAAACCCCAGCAGCGGGGAGGGCUAUCAGAAGCCAUACACACGUACCCGCCCCUUCGACUAUUCUGUCCCGUGGAAGACAGAUGACGUGCCAAAGCGCAACGACCCGGAGAAUGAUAAUUAUUUUCGCAUAGGGGCCAAUGAAGUCGUACUUGACACUAACUUUCGACAAAAUGAGAAUGCAGAGAGCGCGGAAGACUUGGCUUGGCCUGCUGAGCUCGCGGCGAAGAUAAAAAAGAACAGGGCACUGAAUCCUUCCAUCAAUUCAAGGAAACUAGACCCGAAUUGGCAGAGAACAAAAGGUAGGACGUCCAGAUCGGAUAUAGACAAGCCGGUGACCAACUGA